AUGUCGCGCUCGAUUCAUAUUAUCUCCUUAAGCAUCGCUGGAUCUGGGCAGCCCAACGACCGAUAUCUUUCCUGCUCGGGACUUUCCGGGAGAGCCCUCAGCUUGCCACCCAACUCAUCCCAUGCUAGCUACAAGCUCAUUUCAAACAAAACUCACUUAUCUUUGAAAUGCAAGUUCAUGAACGAGGUAGAUAAGACGAGUCCAAACAACUGCUGGCAAAAGCCUUGGUCAAGCAAGCAUAAAGUUUUUCUCUCUUCGAAAAACGGGCCCUUCGUACCAUCCUCCUCAAACUGGAGAUCCGCCACCCCGGGUACGCGAGAAAAAGAAAUUGUUGAGAUAUUCAAAAAGGUUCAGGUCCAGCUUCGAGAACGAGCAGCCCUGAAGAAAGCAGUGAAAAAAAUCGAAACUUCGCAAGAAAAAACCAAAUGGAGCGAGAGGGUCGAUUCACUUCUCAAGGUUUCGAGGCAACAGUCAGUCCAGCAAGGCAAGAAAACCACUUCUGGUGCUGAUGAUCGGGCUUUCAAUCAGCAAGAACAGGAUGACCUGUCACCCAAGCCCGCUGAUCACGUUAAGAAGGAUGAGAUGCAAGAAAGAACGAGGCAAAAUCUUAGCCGACCCAAAUCGAGCUUCCAGAGGAGGUCUCCCGUCCCUGGAAUAAAAUUCCAGCCUGUAUUUUCCGAGAGCUCUGUUAAUUCAUUCUCGCACGAAAACUUGGAGAGAGUAAAUGGGAUGACUAGUUUGGAGCCGGAAGCAAAGGAGGAGGCGCUAUCCAAGUCUGAUUCAGACGGGUCUGCUGCGGGUCCCCUGUUUCCGGAAGGGAAUGAGUUGGAUGAAAUAUCUGGGAUUUAUGAGGAGUUGCUAUCCGAAUCUGAUUCAGACGAGACUGAUGUGGAUCCUCUGUUUCCGGAAGGGAAUGAGUUGGAUGAAUUAUCUGGGGUUUAUGAAGAAGACGAGCGUGACAUCGUCCAGGGGGAAGAAGAGAACCGGGUGGAGGUUGGCGAUUUGAGUGGAAAGAAGCUGCCCGAGUUGAAGGCCCUUGCCAAGUCUCGUGGGUUAAAAGGAUACUCGAAGCUGAAAAAGGUCGAGCUUAUUGAGUUGCUGAGAGGGUGA